CUAACAAACUAUAUGUAUUGAUAUGUUGAAUAAGGUUGGUGUUGAAAAUCAUUGUGCUACUUUCAGCAGGAAUUGACUGAAUAUCAGAAUAUUAAAACUGAGAUGAAACCUCACCAACAGAUUCUCCUUUUUCGAACGCUGUUUGCGAAAUGCUAUCACUAUCGCCAGCGGUGCCAUCUUCCUUUACUUGCUAAGAGAGCUACUCAGUUUGUAGAACUGAAUACCUUUCAGCACAACUAUUUGUGGAAUACAGUUACCUCUACUGUAGUAUUUAAUAACUGCUCAAGGAGAUAUCACCAGACUUCAAGAACUGUGUGGAACCAUGAAAUCUUGCAAAAGUAUUUGCAGACCUUAAGCCAAGAAUAUCAAAGGAUUGAUCAGUUGCUAAAUGACUGCUCAGUAAAUGAAGACAGAAGAAGGGAUCUGAGCAAAAGACAUGCUGAAUUGUCCCCACUUGCUCUGGCGUUAAAAGAAAUACAAGAGGCAAAAAAAGGAAUUCAGGAUUUGGAGAUACUGUGUGCAAAGCUAGACAUUCCAGAAGAGAAACAACUGCUAGAACUUGCUCUAGAGGAAAAGGAAGUUAUUCAUCAGACCAUCAGCACUCUGUAUCAAAAGAUUUUCCAGAUCUUGAUACCAAGGGGAAAAUAUGAUGAAAGUGAUGUCAUAGUAGAAGUAACAUCUGGCAGAACAACUGGAGGUGAUAUUUGUCAGCAAUUUACCAAAGAAGUGUUUGAGAUGUACCGGAACUAUGCCGAUUACAAAUGCUGGACGUUUGAGAUUAUGAAAUAUACUCCUGCUGAUUAUGGUGGGUUACACCAUGCUGCUGCUCGUAUUUUGGGAAACAAUGUCUACAGGCAUUUGAAAUAUGAAGGAGGUACUCACAGGGUGCAGCGAAUCCCUGAGACUGGUUUAUCUUCAAGAAUGCAGCGGAUUCACACUGGCACCAUGUCAGUCAUUGUCCUCCCUCAGCCAGACGAGGUAAAGAUUAAAGUAGACUCAAGAGAUUUGCGUAUAGAUACAUUUCGAGCCAAAGGGGCAGGAGGACAGCAUGUUAAUACAACAGAUAGUGCUGUAAGGAUUGUACACAUUCCCACAGGGUUAACAGUUGAGUGCCAGCAGGAGCGAUCUCAGCAAAUGAAUAGAGAAACAGCUCUGCAGACACUGCGGGAGAAGCUGUACCAGCAGACUGUUGAGAGAGAGCAGCAGCAAGAGCAGAGUGUUAGAAAGCAGCAGUUAGGGACAAGAUCCCAAUCAGAAAGAAUUCGCACGUAUAACUUCAGCCAAGACAGAGUCACUGACCACAGGAUCUCUUAUGAAAUCCGUGACAUCAAGGAAUUUUUAAGCGGCAAAGGGCUCCUGGAUGAACUAAUCAGCAAGCUGUUGGAGGCUGCAGAGAUGGAGUCUUUGAUUGAACAUUUGGAAAACAAUUUUAAAUCUCAACAAGUGAACUCCUGACUUGAUUAACUGUAUUCAAUAAUAAUUCCUGCUCUUAAUGUAUGUAAAAUUAAGUGGAAACACCUAAGAGUUUUUACUAUUAAAAGAUGCUAUCAGUCAUUA